AUGCCCGAUGUUACCUCGAAGCCAAUUUCUUCUGUCACUCUCAACGAUGGGAUGCUAGAGGAUGCUAGCCAGAUGCCCGAUAUCUGGUCGUGUUGCGAUCGUGACUGUAUGACUUCUCGUACCGGUUCACGUACCAAGACAGCGAUUGUAAAGAUCAAGAAGGCGAUCCCUGAAGCGAACGUGAAAUUUCUUUACUCUGAUCUUACUAUCUUGUCUUCGACAAAGAUUGUACAUAUAUUGGUCAGGGAAAAUGAUACAUUCAAUGUUGCUUUGACGACGCUUUUUCCGAUAUCAAAAUACGCUUCGCAACUCGACAAUAUGCAUGUUCGAAUUGCGAAACUUUCCAGUUUGGCUCAUAAACAACCCGGCACCCCAUCAUCCACCUCCUUGGAGGGCUUGUACAAAAACUGGGGCAUCAACGGGGCACGUUACAAGCGGAACAGAUUGACCGUGAGUUCAGCUGUGGACAAUUUCUAUCAAAGUCGAUCUAUGAGUAUCCCUGAUCAGUGCUUAUCUCAUGAUGCGUAUCUGAAGUAUACAUUUGACGAACGAACUCCAGAAGAGACUCCAAUACACAAAGUAAUGUUGAUUUAUUUGGAAUCAGAGAACUCGGAUAAGGUUUGA